AUGUUGCGUUGGAUACUGGCAUGCGUGCUAUUGCCUUCAGUUCUUGGCCAACAAGUCAAUGUGACGAUAUUUACUGAAUCCCAAUGUCCAUUCUGUACUCGACUACUUCGGGAACAAAUUUGGCCAAUCUACGUGAAUCGACCAGGAAUCAUGAAUCUUCAGGUAAUCCCAUUCGGUAAAGGAAACUGUGAAUAUGACUACAACAGAAACUUCCACUGCAAAUGUAUGCAUGGACCUACCGAAUGUGACCUGAAUCGACUUCAAAAUUGUGCGAUCUCCUACUUCCCUCGUCGACACCUGGGUCUGAUCACAUGCAUCCAAGGAUUGUCUACACUUCGUGAAGCAUUCAGUCGUUGUUUGAGUCGACUUUCUGUUCGAACCCAAAGGAAACUAAUUGAAUGUGCUACGACGCAAACCGGGGAGCUGUUGAACUACUACUCUAUGGUGAACACACAUCGAGCAGGAGUUAAAAUCUGGCCAACAAUGUACGUUAAUGGAGUGUUCUUCGAUCGAAGCUAUCCCGUUGACCAGAAGAUUUGUGAGCAAACAGCUUGGUGCUGA